GAAAGAGGCAAUCACGAUACCGGAGGGGGAAAUGUGAAAGAUCUAAAAGGUCAGAAUAUGUGUUCACUUGCAAACAGCAGGUCAGGUUAAACAAGUGUAGACAUUCCUUCGCAAUACACGUUGAUUCUUUCACAUUCUGGCAGUACAGCUCUUCGUUAGGAACUGGAGGGGUGGUCAGUGAACACCAGGUUGAAUUGCGUUGCCUAACACGCCAACAAACCAGCGCACUUGCAACAGGAACAGACAAAACCCCGAGACCUCAGCGCUGUUCCCUCAUCUACAAGAUGCGCCUUUAUUUGUUGGCGGUGUUUUUCUCUUGCUCCUGUGCACGGGGCGGUUGUGAGCCGAAGAUAGUAAAUAUCGGUGCUGUCCUGAGUCAGAAGAGGUACGAGCAGGUGUUCAAGGACGCGGUCUCCCAAGCCAACCAGCUCUACGGAAAAGAUAAGUUCAAGAUGAACGCCAUCUCCGUCACCCACAAACCCAACGCAAUUCAGAUGGCACUUUCCGUCUGUGAAGACCUCAUCUCCAACCAGGUGUAUGCGAUCCUUGUAAGCCAUCCACCACAGUCCAACGACCACCUGACCCCCACACCUGUGUCCUACACUGCCGGCUUCUACCGCAUCCCAGUGGUGGGACUCACAACUCGCAUGUCCAUUUAUUCCGACAAGAGCAUCCACCUCUCCUUCCUGCGCACGGUGCCUCCCUACUCCCACCAAGCCAACGUGUGGUUCGACCUGAUGCGUGAGUUCCGCUGGAGCCACAUCAUCCUGAUCGUGAGCGAUGACCACGAGGGCCGCGCCGCCCAGAAGAGGCUGGAGACGCUGCUGGAAGAGAGGGAAACCAAGAAUAAAAACAGGAACUAUGAAAACCUCGACCAACUGUCCUAUGACAACAAGCGAGGACCCAAGGCAGAGAAAGUCCUACUCUUCAGCCAAGACACAAACAUCACUGCAAUGCUGAAGGAGGCCAAGGAGCUGGAGGCCAGGGUCUUCAUCCUCUCCGCCAGUGAGGAAGACGCGGCAGCUGUGUACAAAGCUGCGCGACAGCUUAACAUGACUGGCUCUGGCUAUGUCUGGAUGGUGGGAGAGCGAGAGAUGUCCGGAAAGGCCCUGAGUGAAGCGCCAGAUGGUCUGAUUGGCCUCCAGUUGAUCAAUGGCAAGAAUGAGUCGGCACAUAUAAAUGAUGCUGUGGCCGUGGUAGCACAAUCCAUCCAGGAGCUCUUUGAGAAGGAGAACAUCACAGAGCCGCCGCGAGGCUGCGUGGGCAACACCAACAUCUGGAAGACCGGGCCACUCUUCAAACGGGUGCUGAUGUCUUCUAAGUUUCCAGAGGGUUUGACAGGACGUGUGGAGUUUAAUGAUGAUGGGGACAGGAAAUUUGCACACUACAAUAUUCUGAACUAUCAGAAGAGCAGGCUCAUCCAAGUGGGCGUUUUCAAUGGCACCCAGGUUGUGUUAAACAAUCAGAAGAAAAUCAUCUGGCCUGGGGGAGAGACAGAGAAACCUAGAGGUUAUCAAAUGUCCACUCGACUUAAGAUAGUCACCAUUCACCAGGAACCUUUUGUGUAUGUUAAACCCACCCUGCACGAUGGGACCUGCAGGGAGGAAUACACUGUCAAUGGUGUCUUGAUAAAGAAGGUCAUCUGUACUGGACCCAAUGAAACUAUUCCAGGACGCCCAAUUGUGCCGCAGUGUUGCUAUGGUUUCUGCAUUGACCUACUAAUCAAGCUGGCUAUGACCUUGAACUUCACAUAUGAGGUGCAUUUGGUGGCUGAUGGUAAAUUUGGGACACAAGAACGGGUAAAUAACAGCAACAAGAAGGAGUGGAACGGCAUGAUGGGAGAGCUUCUUGGGGGCCAAGCCGACAUGAUUGUGGCUCCGCUUACGAUAAACAAUGAGCGUGCCCAGUACAUAGAGUUCUCCAAACCAUUCAAGUACCAAGGACUCACAAUUCUGGUCAAGAAGGAAAUCCCCCGCAGCACCCUGGACUCAUUCAUGCAGCCUUUCCAGAGCACUCUGUGGCUUCUGGUGGGCCUUUCGGUGCAUGUCGUGGCAGUCAUGCUCUACCUACUUGAUCGCUUCAGUCCGUUUGGAAGGUUCAAAGUCAACAGUGAGGAGGAGGAAGAAGAUGCCCUCACCUUAUCUUCAGCAAUGUGGUUCUCCUGGGGAGUAUUGCUGAACUCUGGAAUUGGGGAGGGCGCACCACGCAGCUUCUCAGCCCGGAUCCUGGGCAUGGUUUGGGCCGGCUUUGCCAUGAUCAUCGUGGCAUCCUACACUGCCAACCUGGCUGCUUUCCUGGUGUUGGACCGGCCUGAAGAGCGCAUCACGGGCAUCAAUGACCCAAGGCUGCGGAACCCGUCCGACAAGUUCAUCUACGCCACGGUGAAGCAGAGCUCAGUGGACAUCUACUUCAGGAGGCAGGUGGAGCUGAGCACCAUGUACCGGCACAUGGAGAAGCACAACUACGAGAGUGCGGCCGAGGCCAUCCAGGCCGUGCGGGACAACAAGCUCCACGCUUUCAUCUGGGACUCCGCCGUGCUGGAGUUUGAAGCCUCGCAGAAGUGUGACCUGGUGACCACAGGAGAGCUGUUCUUCCGCUCUGGCUUUGGCAUCGGCAUGCGGAAGGACAGCCCGUGGAAGCAGAACGUGUCUCUGGCCAUCCUCAGCUCUCAUGAAAAUGGCUUCAUGGAGGACCUUGACAAAACCUGGGUGAGAUACCAGGAGUGCGACUCCAGGAGCAACGCCCCAGCUACCCUCACAUUUGAGAACAUGGCGGGCGUCUUCAUGCUGGUGGCUGGGGGUAUCGUGGCUGGUAUCUUCCUCAUCUUCAUCGAAAUCGCCUACAAACGCCACAAAGACGCCCGGCGGAAACAGAUGCAGCUGGCCUUCGCGGCGGUCAACGUCUGGAGGAAGAACCUGCAGCCCUACCCCACAGACAUCACGGGCCAACUGAACCUCUCUGACCCGUCGGUCAGUACAGUGGUGUGAGAGGGGACCAGGAGGAGCCCAACGCGCCCCCCUUCCCCACAAUGCCCAAGCGCUGCUGAGCCAUCUGAACCCCUGAAAUGACCACGCAUCACCACGCCUGGGUCAGUCCAGAGUAGGGGUCCGUCUGGGCUGGGUGCACGAAGCGGCAAGCCAGAGCACUGGUGCCACACCCACUGCCUCACCCAGACUGAAGCCCAACCCAGGAGAGCAACAGCCCAUAUACAUUCACUUCAACCUACUCCAGAUGUUAUAAUUGUGUGUACAUUAAGUGUUAAACAUGUAUAUGAUAUUUCUUUGUACAAAAUGGAUAAAGUUUGAUUAGAUCAAAUGAAUGAAGUACUCAUUUUGAGAAAGGACUGCUCAUGUCAGUAUAGCUACGUAAUUUAUUUGGAAAUCUCUGUUAUAUCUAUCAUUUAAUUUAUAUUUCUUACUACCUCCAUAUUUAAAUACAUUUUAUUUUAGAUAUUUAACCUAUUUGAUACACUACAGAAGUAAUAUAUUUUGAGUGUGUCCCAUUUGCUAAUUUGAAAAGGUUUAGUAAUGAGAUUUGUGCAAUAUGUAUGAUAUCUCAAGUUAUAACGUUAAAAGCAGUGUGGAACAGAGUAAAUCCAUAGCUAUUAACUAUAUGAGCUCUGUUGAUACAGUAGCCUCCUCUUACCUAAUUUUAGGGCAUUUUUAUAUCAUUUCCCUUUAUUCGGCUGCUUAGUGCUAUUUAGUGCCAUUUUAACAAAAUUAUUGCGUUUUGAAUUUAAUUGCAAUAAUUAUUGUUCUCAUUCCAUAUCCAAUGGGUUUUUUUAUGUACGUUUGGCACAUAAUAUUUACAUAGGAUCUCUGGAUGCAUAAGUUUGUUUCCAAAGGGGGUUUUACUAUAUAAUAUUUUAUAUACAUAUGCGUUACCUACUGCUGUUUUAUUUUAGUACUUGGCUGUUGUAUUAAUCCAAUUUUCUAUAUGUUAUUUCUCAUCUAUAUUGUUUUUCUGCAUAAUGAAAACUUCCUUAUAUCCUUAUAACUUAUUCCUUAUAUCUAGCCCCCAUAAAAGUACCACAGUUUUCCUUUAAUUAGUGAUUGUUUGCCGCUCGCAUCAACCACAAAGCGCGAGAAAGUCGUAGUCGAAGUAGUUAUGAAGGGCAACAAGUGAGUUUGUUGUCCAGUAUUUGUACUGUGCUGUAAUGUACAAAAAUUAGCUGGAUGAAAAACAGGCAAUUUACUAAGCUGUGAAUCUAAGAAACUAUUUCACUGCCUAAUACAUCUUGUCCACAGACCUGAUGCCGCAUCUUGACAGAGACAAGGUCCACUGUAAAAUGCUUUCGUUUCGUCUAGAUAUUAUGAAGGCUUUGCUAAUUCUUGUGACAAUAAAUACAUUGAUAUGAA